AUGAUGGGAUUCACCAUCAAGUUCAGCUUUUACCUUGGAAUUCUGGUCUCCAGUUGUUUCUCAGGAGGUGAGCAUAAUACCAAAUUACCCAGAAGUCUGCUUGGAGUUAAGCAGUCAUUAAAAAGUACUUCUUAUAUUUUCAACAGAGAGUAGCCCAGCUCAUGCUUUUAAGACAAAGGAGCAGGAUUUUCAAAACAGUACCUUUGAGUUUAAAAUAUUCAAUGGAAUCCCUAAUUGUAUUCACAAAGAGCAAGCUUCUUACUGCUUUGGUCCUCCCUUUCUCCUUCUUUCUCCUCUCACCUUACAGCCAAGGCCAGCUCCUGCCCCAGGGACUGGAUGCAAAACCAGGGCAACUGCUAUGCAUAUUUCGAUUAUGAGAUGUCAUGGUAUGAAGCUGAGGUAAGAAGCAUGCCUCACCUACCAAACAAUAAUUGUAUGUAUGUUUGUGAGAUUCCUAUCAGAUUUCUGGUUGCCUUGGAGCUGUGGCUUCCAAUUAGCUAAGUACUGUGGACGCCAUGUUUUUCAAAAGUCAAGUCAUGGACACCCUACUUUUGAAAAAUUUGAUCUCUCUAUUGUAGUUUCUGUUAUGGGAUUUCUGUAUUGAAUUUCUCCCUGAUCUGUACUGGUGGAAUAUGAUAAUGCUGGCAAAUCAUCUUUAAUUUCUUCUCCAUUCUUAGAUUGAGUGCCAAAGUUAUGGCCGUGGGACUCAUCUUGCCUCCAUUCUCACUGAGAAAGAGGCAGCCUUGGUGGCCAAGCACAUUGCCACAUACCAGAAAAAACCAAGUCAUGUCUGGAUUGGGCUUCAUGAUCCCCGUGAGGUGAGUUGCCUUCACUUACUCAGGUCAUUGUCACAGAGAAGUGAGCUCUUAGAAUCAUCAUUCCAUACGUAUCUUGAAAAUCUGCCAGGAUGAAUCUCAUACACUACUUUUUGAUUCUUUUCUAUGGGGUUCCUCCUCUAAUAUCUCAACCAUAACUGGCAAUACCCAUGAUCUUGGCACUCCUCAUUACAAAUGAUUGCACAAUCUAUUCCAUCUCUUUCACGCAGAAUGGGCGUUGGAGGUGGGCUGAUGAAUCAACCUACAAUUACCAAAACUGGUAUUCACAUCAGCCAGACAAUGCAGGCCGUGCAGAGUAUUGUGUGGAACUACUAUCUAGCACAGGUAAGGAAUCCAUUUGCAGGGACUAAUAUAAAGAAUUGACUAUAUUCUGCUCUCUUCAUCAAUUUCCAGGAUUUCUAUGGGGGGAGUUGCUCAGUGGGUUACAGCAUGGUGCUGAUAACCCCAAAGUUGCAGAUUCAAUCCCCGUAUGGGACAGCUGUAUAUUCUUGUAUUGCAGGGGGUUGGACUAGAUGAUCCACAGGGACCUUUCCAGCUCUACAGUUCUAUGAUCUCACUUUAAAACUAGAACCAUCAAAAUCAAUGCAAUCUGGGUCGACUCUAGCAGCUCAAAAGCAUACCAGUGCAAGUAGAUAAAUAGGUACCACUGUGAUGGGAAGUUAAAUGGCAUUUCUGUGCACUCUGGCUUCCAUCACAGUGUCCCGUUGUGCCAGAAGCAGUUUAGACAUGCUGCCUACAUGAUCCGGAAAGCUGUCUGUGGACAAACGUCGGCUCCCUCGGCCUGAAGAGAGAUAAGCGCUACACCCCAUAGUCACCUUUGACUGGGCUUAACCAUCCAGGAGUCCUUUACCUUUUACCUUUUGACUCCAAGUAUGAGUUGGGUGGAUGCAACCCUCAGCCUGGUGCUUCUCUGUUUCAAGGUUCACAAUUUAAUAUAUCUGUAGCCCAGGCCAGCAGUGGUCCCAUUGCCAGUCAUUUAGGGUCACUUUCAAUCACACCACAAGGUGCAUGGUUUUUCUACAGUCAGUCGUCAUACUUUGACUGCAUGUGAUUAUCAUCACUUGCAUAUUUUAUCCAGAAAACAGUGGUUGCCACACAUACUAUGGUUUGGAUCAUUCCAUCGUUUUUCUGCUAUGUUUCUUUAAGAAAUGGUUAGGCUUAAAGAGCACGUAACACUUUGAAGUGUUGUAGGUGAAUGGCCUGUAAAUUAUUGGUCAGCUAGGGGUCAAGCCUGCAAUCUGGUUCCAAUUCCUUAUUCCUACUCUAAGCUACAUGCAUUGAGGCAAUAAACAACUGGGCAAGUAAUUUUUGUUAUGUCUUCAAUUAUAUCUUUUGUCUUGAAUUUUAGGUUUUCAGCAGUGGAAUGAUAGAGCCUGCAGCAUUCAGAACAACUUCAUCUGCAAACAAGAACUCUGA